AUGGUGUUCAAGAAGGUUCCGCGCAUCGAUCACAUGCGCGUGUUUGGUGCGCAAUGCUAUGCGCAUGUGGCGAAGGAGAAGAGGAAGAAGCUGGACGACUCAGGCGUGCGAUGUUUCUUUCUCGGCUAUGCGAAAGACCAAAAGGCGUAUAGGCUUUUUAGUGCGGACGAUGGCUCAAUCGUGAUUUCAAGAAGCGUCACGUUCGCUGAGCAUUCUGUCUCGAAAGCAUCGAAAAGCAGAGACACGCGGGUGUUCGAUGUCAUUGAAGAAGAUGAAAGUGUGGAGGCGUCGCUACCCGAUAAUGAAGAAAUACCAGCGCCGGUGACCGAAGAAGAGCUGCGCACCCCACCACUUCAAGCACAGAGCAGCUCUCAUCACGGACCAAGUGAUCGACCACGCGACACCAUUCCUACGCGCUCAUUUAGCACACCCGGAAUAAAUGGAGAAGAAGAGUGGAUGGUGCUACCGGUUCGGAAGAAGCGCGGCGUGGUUCGCUACGAGCAAGAAUUUCCAAGCCAUCGUCGGAGUCACUUCAAUUUGGACGACUACGAAGGUAACUUCGACUCUUUCUACUGUUUCUCGGCUGAAGAAGAUGGGGAACAAGCGUCCAGCUAUCAAGAGGUGAUGAAGAGCAGCUACAAGGAUCAAUGGCUGUAG